CUUAGAAACUACGUCAGUGUGUCUGCUCCCUUCACCUUGUUGUGUACAGUGUCGUUUACGCUGUACACCACUAUAUUACUCCGCAGGCCGACUAUUCUUGGCCAUGUUGAUGAUACAAAAUAGAACUCGUUCGGAAAUCUCUCCCUACCAAGAAGCUGAUUCUUCGUCCUUUACGCAAACUGCCAACAUUAUCCUCACCGUUCUGCUCUGCGUGUUAGUCUUGACAGCAGCAAUCGGAAACGGAAUCCUCAUCUUCGUAGUCGUGCACAGCAAAGAACAACGGCACCAGAGCGACUUCUUUAUUGUGUCUCUGGCCAGUGCGGAUUUUCUCAUGUGUGUUAUUGUCUUCCCCAUAUCCAUGACCUAUCAGCUUGAGGGCAGCUGGCGGUUCGGAAAAACAGCAUGCAAGCUCUGGAUCGUUCUAGACGUGGCGUUCAGCGCUGUUGCCAUUUACACCAUGUCAGCUAUUUGCAUGAAUGUGUGUUUCCACGUCAGACGAUCCUUUGUAGCUAUUUACGAGUUUGCCCAACGCCGGACACAUGAGGUGAACGCCAUGAUCUGGGUGUUCGCAUUCCUUAUAGCUACCAUUCCACUGAUUUUUGACUACGAACUUACAGAUCUAGGUAAUGACUAUGCCGUCUGCAUGUUUAACGAACCUCCCGCCCACGCAGUUACCGUAUCCGCGAUUGUGUUCUUCAUCCCGACUACCUGGAGUUUCUUCCUGUACGCAGAGUUGAUGACCACUUACGUAAAUGUCAUGAAGUUGAAGAGAUCCAGGAUUGACCCCGAGGACAUGACCGUCGAGCAAAGGGGUCUCUUUACAGUCAGCCCCCACAUCAACGCCAUCUUGACGAUGGGCAUCAAGCUCACCAUCUACCUCCUCUGCUGGAUGCCCUACUUCGUUGUCAAAGUCGUGCACGCUUUUUGUCAGACCUGUGAACACCCGGUGGCUAACAAAGUUGCAGUGUGGCUUCCGUACGUCAGUUCCUGGGUCAGCCCAUUCGUUUACGGCAUGCUGAACCGGCGGGUGCACGACCGCAUGAAGGAACUGUGUCCAAGAAUCUGCUGGGCCCUGUCUACAAAGAUUAGUCCUCCCAACGAUAACCCGUCUUGGCAAAACCUAGAACAAAAUGAGCCCACGCCGACAGUUCGAAAUACUGGAUCGCCAUCGAAGAAAUCUUCCUGCAACAAAUCAUCCGAAAAAGACAGUAAAUUCGAAAACGGUACCACAACCAGCAAUAUGCCGUUGGAGCUCAAGGGUUUCCCGGCUAAUGAAGUUCCCGAAAAUUUAUUGGAACCCCCGAGGAACACUUUUGAGGGGGAGUCAAAAGAAGGCUACACAAAACACCUCUGGAAGCAGCUGGCCACACAAAAUAUGACACACAAAGAACCAUACAAUGUUUACUAUUUUUGUAAAGGGGACGUUGCGAAAGAUCUCAGUGAGGAAAGGGAUGCUAAGGGUUUGGCGUAUAACGCAUUCCAAGGCCCUAGAGACAGACAGACUGCUGGUAAAAUCCACGACGAGAUUUGGCACACUAAGCAGCAUGACGUUGGAUAUCAUAACAUACAAACGCAAUACCAGAGCUAUGCCUCGAGUUCGCAUCAAUCAACACAUAAACUCAUUGAAAACCCUCUCGGGCAAGCAGAAGAGGGAGCGGUUGAUCAAACUGCCGUGAAGACGAUGAAGCCUAGAAAUCGUAGACGGUCCUUUGGCAUCGGAGGAUCAACCUGUCCUGCCACAGAUGCGGUAUUUCAGGCAAGGGAUUUACACACAUUGGCCGUCAAGCAGAAAACCGCCGCUCGUUUCUCGGAAUCUUGGAUGAAAAGGUUCACAAGACAGGAAUCACUCAAGUCGUUAAACAAGGGAUUGGUUCUUCCUCUCGCAGUUGGAAAGCCGCUGAAACUAAGAGAGAAUGGUAUUCUGAAUUUCCUAGAGCCGGAAUCAGAGGAUGUUCACGAAGCUUCUGAGAAAACGAUUCCCCAGAGAAGGGAAAGCUCGGUCGAUCUUUCCAUCUAUUCCCGUCAUACCUUCUGGACCGACAUCGACGAUAAGUCUAGCACUUUUGAAGACUUUCAUAACGACAGGUCGCUGAUCCGUCCGUCGACAUUGAAUUCGACUCAGAAAACUUCGAGUUCUUUCUUGUCUGAAAUGAACACUGGAAAGAAAAAGAAAUCGCUUCGCCAACGCAGCUGCAAGCAAGGUUCGGAUACCUUACAAAACGCAAGCAGACCGGCUGAACGAGUCUUUGACGAGGAAGCUGGAUGGGGGAGGGGCCAUGGGGACCUGAUCGUUAGGUUUCAAGACGAGGCCGACUUCUGUGUAAAUGACCACCCGUCAGAGGGGCGGACGCUGCAGUCGUCGGAGGAUGAGAACACCAGCGACGGAAACACAGAGGCGGAGGACUCGUUCUGGGGCACGAUGACAGUCAGGCCGAGGCGCCAGAAGCGCCGGAGGUUGCUGGCCAUGGCGAAAUUGAGAUCAAAGAACCGUCUAGACUUGAGAGAAUCCGCCUACUCCUCGGCCAGCGACUCGAGUAUUCUGUCCAUUGGCAGCCGCCCCCAGGGACUCCUGGCGUUCAUGCUACUGGGCACGGACCUCAGUGCCAGUGUCUCCAACAACAUGGUUCCGACAUCACCUCUAAUAGAUCUGAAAGCAGAACUUUUCAGAAAGCAAGAAGAAUUCAGACAGCUAAAACUUCAAAACAAUGCUGACUUUGUGAAAGGUAGAAAGGUGGAAAAGCAUGGAAAGCCAGACAUUUGGAGCAAGAAAAAUGCUGGAGUUUCUCAGCGAUCUGAGAAAGAUAUACAGCAAACAGAAGAGGAAGAGGACAUACUUGAGAAAUCGAGAAGGGCUUUGGAAGCUAAAUCAAAAAUAUAUGACCAGAUUGCAUCAACCUCUGAUAUACCAGAGGAUGAUGGAAGUGAAGGCUAUCUGGUGGACUUCCAGAAGAAGACCCUUGACAGGAUUGUAGAAGAAAGAAGAAAAGAGCCUGAAAGCUACACACAAGAGAUAGAUGCAGAUCUUUCCAACAGAGAUUUGGGCAGGGUUUCAGAUGAGGAUGUUAGUGGCGAAUUACCUCCACUUUCUUUUGAACCAGAUGAAGAAUGGGUUGAUUAUGUUGAUACCUUUGGAAGAUCAAGACGCUGCAUGAAGAAGGAUCUUCCUUACCUUGGAAAGCAAGAGAGGAUUUUGGGAAAAGGGAAUUCUCAUGAAGGUCUUAAACUAAAGGCAGAUGCACCAACAUUAUUGUCUGCAGACAUGCGGCGAGAGUUGCUACGACAAAAAUGGGAACAAGAGAUGGAACAGACACAAAAUGGCCCUGUGCACUACUCAAAUGUCCAGUUUGAUGAAAUUCGUACACAUGGUGUUGGGUACUAUCAGUUUUCCAAGGAUAGUACUUUACGAGAGGAACAAAUGACUUCUUUAAAUAAGCUCCGUGAACAGACAUUAGAAGGACGGCUGCGAAGUGAGAGAAUAAAAGAGAAACGCAAAGCUGCAUUAGAUGCUCGUCUGGCAAAAGUCAAGCAGCGACGUAAAAUGAAAGAUGGAAGUCUACCUGAAGAAAGCAGCAUGGAUGAAAAAGCAGAUGCUGCUACAGCCACAGAAGAUAAAACAAAGCUGAAGCUUGAUCCUGAACCUCUUGUGCGGGAUGAUAGCUGGCGGCUUACAGCACCUGUUAGAGAAUGGGAUAAGGGUAAAGAGAAAAUGCCUCAAUGGAGUGAGAAGCGAUAUAUGGAGGACAGACGGAAUGAACGUCAAGGGGAAUUUGCUCCACCCCAGUUUUACUAUGACAGUCAGUCAAAAACUAGUUUAAGUGCACCACAUCCAAUUAAGAGAAUUGGAGAUCAAAGGUCAACAGCAAAUUUGGGUGAUAAAAAGGCAAUGUCCUCCGUUAUUAAUGAUGAAAGAAGCACCAUGCCCAUGCUAUCACAGAAAAGAAGCAGUGCAACAUCAGAGGUUGAUGGAAUCAUUGCGAAAGAUCUUUCUGUCCAUGACAGCACUAAUUUAGAUCUGUCAGCUAUCCCUUUACCUUUGAAAGACUUUACAAACAGCUUAUCUGAUGUAGAAUCUGUCAGCAGCAGAAAUGCACCUUUGAUGCAAGACCGAUUCAGUGACAUGUCUCAGUCACUUCCAUGCCAAGUUGCAGAAUCGAACACUGCCACAUGCCACAUGCAGUCACCAUCACUUGGUUCACCAGUCUGUAAUUUUUCAGUCCCACCACCAGGCUGGAACCUCACCCAUCCUCCUGUUGGUGGUGGGACACCUGUGCCCAGUCAUACGACAGACCUGCCCAUAGCAGAAGUCUUUGAAACCCAUUCGUCUUUUUCAGUAGCCACUUCUAACUUUCUGUAUCCAUCACAGCAAGGUGUGUUGACUCCCCAGUCACAGCAGCAGCAUCGACAGUUUCACCAUGAGUCUGGUUCUAACCACACCAUCAGCACCCAACCUCUCUUGACCAGGUCAAUAAGCUGUAAGGCUGGUAUAGUGGACAAACGCUUCAUGCAGAAUAAAGAAGCUUCCGAGGCUGAUUUGUUGGGUUUCAACUUCUCUGAAUCUGAAGAUGCUCUUGCACAGGUUAAACCAGUCUCUUAUAAACCUGGCUUGUUUUCAGCUACCUUUGAUGUUUCUUCUGAAUGUGAGAGAAAUGCUAACAAGUCUAUCAAUUAUGCUGAGGGUGUUCAUGUUGCUGAAAGCAAUCCUGUAAAAGGAGAAACUGUCAGUUUGCCUGAGAGCAGCAGUAAGGGUCAGAAACCAGCUACUGUUCAGACUGAGAGUGUCAUCUUUGGUGUGCCGGAGUUUUUGCAGCCUGCAUCAGGUGUGGAAGCUAAGGCAUACCAACCUGGGAGUUUCAUGGCAGCAAAGGUGGCUGCAGCAGAACGGGCUGAAGAGGCUUAUGAAGCAGCUCGCCAGAAAACGUCAUAUUGCAGUGAACCAGUUUUGUACAGUAAACCAUCAUCAACCACAUGUGAUAAAACUGAUGAUGGAAAGUAGCAUUCCUUGUUAAGACAGAUCUGUUCUCAGCAUUUUGGAAGAAGUAUACUAUGUGCAUUUUCAGAUGUUUGAAAUGUGUGGCCAUGAAUAAUAAUAAUAAAAAAAUGUAUAGAUAUCCUUUUUCCUCCUUCCUAAAUAAAAGAAUACGUAGUGAUGUGGGAUGAAAAAAAAAUUUUCUCAAGAGCUUUGGUAAUUUUAAAAGGGUCGUAAAAUCGCCCACGAUUGGGUCUAAUAUGGCUUGAAGACAAACCAGUGGCUGCUUAUAUAAGAAAGGGGGGUGUAGAGGUGGUAUAUGGGGUAUACAGUCUUAAGUUGUUACAGCAUGCCGAGUGCGACCAGGCAGCUUAUUAGAGGUGUUAAUGAUGCACAUGCAAACACCUGAGAGUUCUCCCAUACCCGCUUGGUAGGACCUAGUAGCUUGACACGGGAAGGGGAGAUUAGUCACCUGUCCACUCUGCCACCUGUAGAUGGGGAAAGCAAAGGGUGAGUCAGUGACAAAGGACUGUCUGCUGUCUGUAGAAAUUAAAGGACUACUCAACCAGGACUUGCAUGCAAGUAGAAGAUCGAUGCCCAGGCUGAUAGAAGAAGUCAUCUUCAAAGUAAGGAGAAUACCUGGUGGGUUCACCCACACUCCAAAGCACUGUAGUUGAUCAAGACUUCACAUCAAGGUGGUGUUCGUUCGGUGGCUGUAUGUAGUAUUGAAGUCGUCAAAAAACUACGUAUACAUCCCUGGACCAGGACAGUGCUUGAAUCUGUGCUGCCGGGAAAGCAGUCUAUGAUGUGGUUGGCAGAUCAAGCGAAAAAUGACGAUGGACAUGUCGGCAUGUUGUGACUUCACCUCACCACAAGCGUAUAUCCGCAAGAGAGACUGGCAGUGUGAGAACAGCUUUAAAAGCUGAGAUUCAAGUUGGUGUGUACAUGCAUGUGAAAGCGAUUGGUAGUUUAACAGGAAUUAACAGCACUGAUACUCGAAAUAUGAUUACAAUAGAUAGUAGUGGGACACCCUCUAAAUGAGUCAUUUUAUUGUGUUUUGUCUGUUAAAUAAAUCUUUAUUGUUGUGUGUUAA